AUACAUGCGACAAAAUUAAUUUUAAUUUUGUCUACAGCUCGUGUUUUAUAAAAAAAAUUCGAGGUAUUUUUACGCUGUGGUAAUAUUUUUCUACAACUGAGUGUAAAUAAGUGCAUUAGUGAAUGUGUAUCGUUGGCCACUUUAUCGUUAUCAGUGCAUUAUCAAAUUUAAUGUGAAUUGUGAUAAGGUGAUAAGGAUUUGUUACAUCACCGUAUUCUUACAAUUUCAAGUCGAAUUUUGUAUUGGAGAGGUUAGUUAAAAGUAACCUCAUUUUUCGCGGAAAGUGCGUGUUAAACCUCUGUGUGUGAAAAUGAGGGAAAUUGUCCAUGUCCAAGCUGGGCAGUGUGGAAACCAGAUCGGCACUAAGUUUUGGGAGAUCAUUUCCGAUGAGCAUGGUAUAGACACAGACGGAAUUUUCAAAGGAGAGAGCGACUUGCAGUUUGAGAGGCUCAAUGUCUACUACAAUGAAGCAAGCAGUGGCAAGUACGUGCCCCGCGCGGUUCUGGUGGACCUCGAACCUGGUACCAUGGAUUCCGUGAGGUCCGGCCGGUACGGGCAACUGUUCCGCCCUGACAACUUCGUAUUUGGACAGAGCGGUGCUGGUAACAAUUGGGCCAAGGGACACUACACCGAAGGUGCUGAACUCGUGGACUCCGUGCUGGACGUCAUCAGAAAGGAGGCUGAAACCUGCGACUGUCUCCAAGGGUUCCAGCUAGCCCACUCUCUGGGCGGCGGCACCGGGUCGGGACUCGGGACGCUCCUCCUUAGCAAGAUCCGGGAGGAAUACCCUGACAGGAUCAUGAAUACCUUCAGCGUAGUACCCUCGCCUAAGGUGAGUGAGGUAGUCCUCGAGCCGUACAACGCGACCCUGUCGGUCCACCAGCUAGUCGAGAACACAGACAUGUCGUUCUGCAUCGACAACGAGGCGCUGUACAACAUCUGCUUCAGGACCUUGCGCCUCAGCAGCCCGAGUUAUGGCGACCUCAACCAUCUUAUAUCCUUGACCAUGUCCGGGGUGACCACGUGCCUACGUUUCCCGGGGCAGUUGAACGCUGAUCUGAGGAAGCUGGCGGUCAACAUGGUGCCGUUCCCUCGACUUCACUUCUUCAUGCCAGGAUUUGCUCCUCUAACCGCCAGGAACUCAGUUAAUUACCGACCACAAACUGUUCCCGAGUUGAUGAGCCAAAUGUUCAACGCGGGUAACAUGAUGACAGCGGCGGACCCGCGGCACGGACGCUACCUCACCGUCGCCACCAUGUUCCGCGGUCGCAUGUCGAUGCGAGAGGUGGAUGAUCAGGUCUUGGCUGUGCAGAAUAAGAACUCCAGCUACUUCGUGGAAUGGAUCCCGAACAACCUGAAGGUGGCCGUGUGCGACGUGCCCCCGCGCGGCUUCAAGAUGUCCGCCACGUUCAUCGGCAACACCACGGCAAUACAGGAGAUCUUCAAACGUAUCUCUGAACAGUUCACAGCCAUGUUCAGACGAAGGGCGUUCCUCCACUGGUACACAGGGGAGGGCAUGGACGAGAUGGAAUUCACCGAGGCGGCUAGCAACAUGACCGACCUCAUCUCUGAGUACCAGCAGUACCAGGAGGCCAAUGUGGACGAUGACGACGCAGUCUUCGAUGAGGAGGAGGAGCUGGCGCACGAGGAUUCCAUACCGGCUUGACUAGAAUAGGUUUAGAUAUAAGAUAAGCUUCUAGUGCCUCGGUAAUAUUCUUAUAGGAAUUUGUUAACACCCUACCCAGAGCGAACAGCCUUGAGCAUUCGUUGCAUAUAUUUUCGGCGCAUAAACUACGGCGGGAAUAUGUAGAUGUACGAAUAAAUAAAAAAUAAAUUUUAGUUUUUUUUU